UGUUGCCACGUUCAAACUGACGUUGUAUUACUGUACAUCUCGAGCGCCUCAAAACAGACGUGCAUUAGACCGCUCCGCUUCAGCGUCCCAUUCUUUGCCUUGUCUCCCUUUUUUUUUUCCCUCCUUCCACAGACCGCCAGUCUUUCCGAGGUUCUGAUUCUUCUCCUACCUACCAUAUACCAUUGUUGAUAUUAUAUGCAUUGGUUCUACCGUUGCUAAAGAACUGAUCCGAUUUCGACCGAUAACCCCUGCGCCACAUUACCACUUGACUCCUAUUUUUUUUUAUUUUAUCCGCGUCAAUUACAUCUGGGCUGUAAACCAGUGGGACACGUUUUGUGCUUUAAUCUGAGCCGGUGACAACAUCUUCUACAUCACCUUUUCCACGCUCCGCCGGCAAACUCCCAUUCUCGGUAUCACCACCUCAUCCGCCCAUCAUGGCCGCCCCAGCCGCCCCAGCUCCCCUGCAGCUUGACCCCAAAUAUGACGACUAUGACUUCCCAACGGUUGCUCCGGUUCCCGCCCCUGGUCACCCAGGCCACUUGACGGCUGAGCAGCAGGCCCAGGUGUCGCAGCUCAGGCUCAUGCUUGAGUCUCAGGGCUACACUGAUCGUCUUGACACUCUGACUCUGCUCCGCUUCCUCCGCGCACGCAAGUUCGAUGUCAAUGCCUCUCUUAAGAUGUUUGUCGACUGUGAGAAGUGGCGCAAGGAGACUAAGCUCGACGAGAUCCUGCCGACCUGGGACUACCCCGAGAAGGCCGAGAUAUUCAAGUACUACCCUCAGUACUACCACAAGACGGAUAAGGAUGGCCGGCCAGUCUACAUUGAGCAGCUUGGCAACGCCGACAUCACCGCCAUGAACAAGAUCACAACGCAGGAGCGCAUGCUGACGAACCUGGCGGUCGAGUACGAGCGCGUGGCGGACCCGCGUCUACCCGCCUGCAGCCGCAAGGCCGGCCACCUGCUCGAGACAUGCUGCACCAUCAUGGACUUCAAGGGUGUCGGUAUCUCCAAGGCAUCCCAGGUCUACGGCUACGUGCGUGCGGCCUCCAACAUGUCUCAGAACUACUACCCGGAGCGCCUCGGUCGCCUGUACCUCAUCAACACCCCUUGGGGCUUUAGCGGCGUCUGGGGAAUUGUCAAGGGUUGGCUCGACCCCGUUACCGUCCAGAAGAUUCACAUCCUGGGCAGCGGAUACCAGAAGGAGUUGCUGGCUCAGAUCCCCGCUGAGAACCUGCCCAAGAGCUUGGGUGGUACCUGCUCCUGCCCCGGCGGCUGUGAACUUUCGGAUGCUGGCCCAUGGAACGAGAAGGAGUGGGCUCGUCCUCCCAAGUGGGAGACGAAGUACAAGGAGAAGGUCGCUGCUCCGGCGGCGGCUGCUGCUCCGACUGCCACCGAGGCUGCCCCUGCCGCCGCUCCUGCCGCUACUCCUGCUGCACCUGCGGCUGAGGCCGAGGCCAAGCAGCCCGCUGCCGCUUGAGAUAGUUUGCGUUAGGGCAUGGUGUGUCCGACUGCAAAGGUUUCACGCCCUGUAUUGUUUGAGAGUGUCGAGAUGAAUAGGAUAAUUUGCAAGGAGUUGGGGAGAAGGGAAUGGCGGCUGGAAUUCUGCCAGAGAUGAGAUCCUUAGACUUGUUUCGGGGUAUGCAGGAGGGACAAGCUUUACCCAGGCUGAUAUACGCCUGGGUUUAACUUUUGACGGAAGUGGUUGAAAAGAUGAGACGGCACUGAAAGAUGCAGAUUAUAGACCUUUCUUCGUAGCCUUAUAUCCACCAGUCUUUUUAUUCGUCA